UUAAAUGGUUAAGUAUCAAACAAGCCCCUAACAUAGAGGUCUUUAUCACGUAUAGAUCCCUAUAGUCGAAGUUGGUCCAACUAAACCCUCGAAGUCCUUAAUUUCGAGCAAUUAGCCCCUCCGCCCUAACGGCCGUUUAACGCCGUUAACUAUUUUCAUUUUUUUUCAAUAUUUUUUUGUCGGUGGAAACACGCUGGAAACACGUCGAAAAGUGCAGAGCAGCAACUUCGACCCCAUAUGCAAUCUCCUUAGCAGAUACCCUCCAUUCCCAUCUGCAAUCUCAAUCUUCUAGCCCUAAUUUUUUUUCUUUUGUUGUUUCUCAUGAAAAUUGAAAUCUUCGCCAUCAAUUUCAUAUAUAUAAGGUGAAAGUUGACUGCUUUUCACUGGGUGAUGAAUUUCGUGAAUAUUUCUUUAAUUUCUAGAUUUGUUUGUUGCUAAACCAACUCGGAGUUGAGAAGAGAAGCUCAUUCCCACCAAAUGUCGUUGACGUAUUUCAACGACCAUGAUCUUUUCUCUCCUCCAAAUUCUCGCAAGUAGGAUUGUUUUCUCACGAACUAAUUAAUGGAGUCCGCCGCCUCGCGCCCUACUGUGGUAAUCGACAGUGGCACUGGGUAUACUAGAAUGGGAUUUGCCGGAAAUGUGGAGCUGUGCUUCAUAGUUCCGACUGUAGUUGCAUUAAACAACUCAUUCUUGAACCAGCCGCGGCCGAGUUCGAGCAAGAGCAACAAUUGGCUAGGGAAGCACAAUGCAGGGUUGAUGGCGGAUCUCGAUUUCUAUAUAGGAGAAUAGGCGUUGUCUAGAUCUAAGGAGAUUGCAGAUGGGGUCGAAGCUGUUUUUCCUUCUCUGCACUUUCCGACGUGUUCCCAACAUGUUUUCAUCGCCAAAGAAAUUAAAAAUAAAAAUAGUUAACGGUGUUAAACGGCCGUUAAGGCGAAGGGGCUAAUUACUCGAAAUUAAGGACUUCGAGGGUUUAGUUGGACCAACUUCGACUAUAGGGAUCUAUACACCUCUAUGUUAGGAGCUUAUUUGAUACUUAACCCUAUUUUAAAAUACUAAAUUAAAUAUAUUAUGAAUAUAAA